AUGGAUAAGGCUUUGUUACUGUGUACUGGAAUUUUAAGGGUUGGCUUCGAAAUCGGAGGUGAUAGAAAAGAUGUGUUUUUCUACCAAGCGGAUGAUCAACACUAUAUACCACGAGCUCUACUGAUUGAUCUGGAGCCCAGAGUGAUCAAUGGCAUUCAGAAUGGGGAAUACCGUAAUCUUUACAACCACGAGAACAUCUUCGUUUCAGAUCACGGUGGUGGCGCUGGAAACAAUUGGGCCAGUGGAUAUAACCAGGGGAAAGGUGUUGAAGAGGAGAUUAUGGACAUGAUUGAUCGAGAAGCUGAUGGAAGUGACAGCCUUGAAGGGUUUGUUCUUUGCCACUCCAUUGCUGGAGGAACUGGCUCAGGUAUGGGAUCUUAUCUGUUGGAGACUUUGAAUGAUCGCUAUAGCAAGAAGUUGGUUCAGACGUACAGUGUAUUCCCCAAUCAGAUGGAAACGAGUGAUGUGGUUGUCCAGCCUUACAACUCGCUGCUGACACUGAAGCGGCUUACCUUAAACGCUGACUGUGUUGUCGUCCUUGACAACACUGCACUCACCAGAAUCGCUGUAGAGCGUCUACAUCUUACGAAUCCUACCUUUUCUCAAACCAACUCCUUAGUCUCAACUGUGAUGUCUGCUAGCACAACAACACUGCGUUACCCAGGAUACAUGAAUAAUGACUUGGUCGGCUUGCUUGCAUCUUUGAUCCCAACACCAAGGUGUCACUUCCUCAUGACCGGAUACACUCCCUUGACUGUUGAGCGCCAGACCACACCGAAUCCUUCUAUGGGGCACUACACUGAGUCACUGACCCUAUAUGCAAAUGCCAUUCGUAAAACUACCGUGCUGGAUGUUAUGAGAAGGCUUCUACAGACAAAAAAUAUCAUGGUGUCGUCUUAUGCUAGAAACAAAGAAGCUAGUCAGGCAAAGUACAUAUCAAUAUUGAAUAUAAUUCAAGGAGAAGUCGAUCCCACUCAGGUGCAUGAGAGUUUGCAGAGGAUACGAGAAAGAAAGCUUGUUAACUUCAUUGAGUGGGGACCUGCAAGCAUACAGGUUGCACUUUCCAAGAAGUCCCCAUAUGUUCAAACCGCACAUAGGGUCAGUGGGCUUAUGUUAGCAAGCCACACUAGUAUCAGGCACCUUUUCAGCAAAUGUCUGAGCCAAUAUGAGAAGUUGAGGAAGAAGCAAGCUUUUCUGGACAACUACAAAAAGUUUCCCAUGUUUGCUGACGAUCUUUCAGAGUUUGAUGAAUCAAGGGACAUCAUUGAGAGUUUGGUAGAUGAAUAUAAGGCAUGUGAAUCACCGGACUACAUCAAAUGGGGAAUGGAGGACCCUGAACAACUUUUAACUGGUGAAGGCAGUGCGUCAGGAGUUGUGGAUCCUAGAGUGGCGAGGAUCGGUAGUAACGAUAAAGAGUGUUGGCACGUGCUCCAAUUAUACUCCAUUGUUGACGGACGACAAGUGAUCCGAGGGAGGAAUACUCAGCAAAGAAAAAAGACACUCGGUAACCGUCAACUAGUAGUAUCGUUCUAUAAAACCGCGUUAGCCAGCCUUUUUGGUCAGUCUCUCUCUCGUGUUCAUAGGGUUUUCUCUUCUCCGGCUCGAUCGUUGUCUCUCUCGCCGGAGUUCUUCACGCUCAGAUUCAUUCUCAGUUUCGCCUCUCUCGUAAUCCUCUCUAUCUACUCUGAGAUGGCGUCGAGGGAUUCCGUUGCCGUUCUCGCCUUAGUCGCUUUCGUUUUCGCCGUCAUCUCUCCUCUCGCCGGCGCUCAAGCCCUAGCUCCUGCUCCUUCUCCCACAAGCGACGGAACAUCGAUUGAUCAAGGGAUAGCAUAUUUGCUAAUGGUGGUCGCGCUGGUGCUGACGUAUCUCAUCCAUCCUCUGGAUGCAUCUUCCUCCUACAGCUUCUUCUGAUCUUUGUAAACCUAAUCUAAGCUUCUAGUGGACCAAAACCCAUCUCGCUAAUCUUAUUGUUAAUUGAUCUGUUAUUUUUACUUAAAUAUGCCCUUCGGAAUUUGUUGAUUGUAGACCUAGUUAUGAAAUUAUGUUCCAUUGCCAAUGUCUACCAAUUUUUUCCACUGCUUAUAUUUUUAGUUACAGUUACUCCCUAUAUUAGUAUAUUUUCAUUUUUACCAAAUGCUCCUAUACUUAAAUUUUUUUUUUUUUUUUUUGCCAUAGUUUCAGUUACGAUCACCCAAUUUGCAACUAUUAUUUGUUUUCUUCCAGUCAUUUCCUAUAGUUUCCUUUUCUAUAAAUACACUCCCCAUCGAUUUCGUGUGAUCACUGUACUUUUGUAUAUUUCAAAACUCCUGCUAUGAUUUUAUUAUUUCAGAUGAUUCCUAUAGUAUUGGUUUUUGUAAACGCCCUGUACAGUUUUCGGCUAUGAUUAGAAAGAAGACAAAUUUAAACCAUAUAAGUAAAAAGUAAUUAAAAGUCUUUAGACUGUAAUCUGCUCAAUUAUAUAAUUGCAUCUAGUUUCGUACUGUAUAUAAUAAAUCUUUGUUUUUUUUUUUUGGUACGAUAAAUCUUUGUUUUUUUAAAGGCAACCUUAACUUUAUCGAAGGCGUGGAACCAAUUAAUAAUCAUUGACCGUGGUGAUAAAGUAUGAUUGUAUUCUUUUUCUUCCUAUCAGUGUACUGUAUUCUUAAAGUAAGACGCGGAAUCCUAACGCGCCUCUGGACUAGUAAAUGACAUAAAUGUGUAUCAAUUUAAAUGACUACUCAAAUCUAACCGCCAUUUCAAUUUAAAAUUUUGUCGUAUGCUGUACGGUUUUUAUCGAGAAAAACGUUCCGUUGUCAGUCUUUCUGUUAAUUAAACGACAUGUAGUUAUCCACUCAAACGGC